GACUGCGUGGCGACUGGCGAGCGUCAGUGAGUCACCGCUGGUGGUGGAAAGGAGGCAGCGUCCACUAACCACACCACACAUCUCCACUUUUCAAACAUUCAUUGAGCCGGAGUGGAUAGUGGAUUUCAAAACUUAAGGAUGGUGGCGGACACAACGAUGGCGGAGGCACAGUGUCCUGAAUCCUGCGAGGCGGAGGAGGAGGAGUCGGCGGAGCUGAUGGCGGAGUCCAAAGCGGCGCCGCCCUCGAGGAGCAACACUGACUUGAUCUACUCUGUGGAGGACGUGCCGCCGUGGUACCUGUCCCUGCUGCUCGGUUUCCAGCAUUACCUCACCAUGGCGAGCGGUACCAUAUCCAUCCCGAUCCUGGUGGCGUCCUUCCUGUGCCUGGAGGAGGAUAACCCGGCCCGCGGCGCCCUCGUCUCCACUGUCUUGGUUCAAUCCGGCAUUGUCACCCUCGUGCAGACAACCUUCGGCGUCAGGCUCCCCGUCGUCCAGGGGAGCGCUUUCUGUUUCCUGGUGCCUGUAAUAACCCUGCUGACCGCCGUGCACCGGCCCUGCGCCGUGCUGCCCCUCGCCAACAUGACGUGGGAGGCGCGGCAGGAGGAGUGGCUGGUCAGGAUCCGGGACGUGCAGGGCACCAUUGCCACAGUCUCCGUGUUUCAGAUCUCCCUCGGAUUCACAGGGCUGGUCGGGUUGCUGACGCGCUGGAUAACGCCCCUCGCUCUCGUUCCAACGGUCACGCUCGUCGGCAUAUCCUUCUUCGAUGUAUGCGGGGACAUGGUCGCCUCCCACUGGGGCGUCUCCAUCAUGACAAUAACGUUGAUUAUCAUGUUCUCGUAUUAUUUGAGUAACAUCGCCGUGCCGCUCACCAGUGGGCGGCGGGGGUGCCUCUCCCUCGCCACCGCAGGGACCAAGAUGCUCAAGUGCUUCCCGGUGCUCCUGGCCUUGUUCCUCACCUGGGGCUUGUGUGGCAUCCUCACGGCUUACGACGUGCUGCCCCCAGGCUCCGCCGCCCGCACGGACACAACGAGGGACCUGCUGCAGAGGACGCCGUGGUUCUAUGUGCCUUACCCCGGGCAGUGGGGGUGGCCCACAGUGACCGCGGCGGGGGCGGUGAGCAUGCUGGGAGCCUGUGUGGCCUCCAUCAUGGAGAGCAUCGCGGACUACCAUGCCUGCGCCAGGAUCUCAGGUGCUCCCUCGCCUCCCAUGAGCGCCAUCAACCGCGGGGUGUUCGUGGAGGGCCUGGGCUGCCUGCUGGCAGGGCUUCUCGGGACUGGCAGCGGUACCACCUCCUACUCGCAAAACAUUGGAGUCAUCAGCAUCACCAAGGUGGCCAGCCGUCGCGUGGUGCAGACCAGCGCCGUCAUUCUCAUAGUCUCGGGCCUCAUUGGUAAGUUCGGCGCCGCCCUCGUCACAAUCCCGAAGCCCGUGAUGGCGGGCGUCUUGGUCGUCAUGUUUUCGAUGAUCACCUCCAUCGGCCUCUCGCCCCUGCAGCAAGUCGACCUCUCCUCCUCCAGAAACCUCUUCAUUCUGGGGUUCUCCAUCUUCUUUGGUCUCCUCCUGCCUAAGUGGUUGGCGCGGAACCCGGAGUCGCUGUUGGGGACGGGCUGGACGGCGGGGGAUCAGGUGCUGAGGAUGUUCCUGCAGACGCCCAUGAUGGUGGGCGGCGUGGUGGGCUGCGUCCUAGACAACACGAUCCCGGGCACGCCUGAGGAGCGAGGGCUGCGCAGCAAACUGCCGCCGAAGGAGGAGGAAGAGGAGAGGCUGCAGGUUCUUGGAGACGCUGCCGAGUGGUGCUACGACCUGCCGUGGAUCACGCCCUGCAUCAGGAAGUGGGUGAUGGGUGUGUCAUCAUCAGGGGUGGGCGGUUGUCAUGGAUGCGUUACCUUCCUGUGUCCCCGACCUACCUACGGACGCCGAGACUCCCACAGCAAGUAUAACGAAGAGUGAGCUUAACACACCAAGGAAACUCACUUCUGUGAAACACACACCUCUUGUUCUUGCCUUCACCUGUAUUUCGUCUAGUGAAGUAAUGCAUUGGGGAAUUCGUUAACUCAGGGCAUGAAUGAGAGGCUCCAUUUUUUCGAACCCGUGAACAGCACAGCUCGAGACUUCUGCUGUUGUACCGCCAAGUGUACUGGUGUGUUUCCUUCGUGCUUCAGGCUACGUUGCUGUUUGCGGUGAUGGGGUCUCUGCUUCGUACAGUAAGUCACGUGUAGCAUCUCAUGGGCACGUGACUAAUUUCAGCUUUAUUAACAAAGUGCAGAUGUGGAGGCAAAAGGAUAGUGAUAAUGGAGUGGAAGUCUAUAGUUGACGUGAUGGUUUAAUGAAGAUUCUGAGAGAGAGAGAGAGAGAGAGAGAGAGAGAGAGAGAGAGAGAGAGAGAGAGAGAGAGAGAGAGAGAGAGAGACCAAUCAUCUCCGUGGCCUUUGGAAAGGGUUCUUAUGAGAGAUUAAGUAUUUUAGAAUGCGGAUCUGGUGUUACUCUACAGCAGUGGUUUUCAAAUUAUUUAGUAUGACGGCACACUAAGAAACAACUGAUAAUCUUGCGGCAGACCCCAUGAGAACGUAACUAAUGAACUUUGUGGCUUUUAAAAACAUGCACCUUCUUCACUGGCUUAAAGUGUUGAGGAACUUAGGGACUGAAACUUGCUGAAGUGUAUAUACAAAGAAAAAUAAACCCUCUAAGUCUC